UUUUGACAUUUGAAAGUCUUCCACUAAUGUUUUAAAAUGUAAUCUGCUUUCAUGCAUGGCAAGUGCCACAUUUUACAGAAUAGCUAGCUAGCUAAUUUAACCGCCUAUUAAUUAGCUUUAAAGCUUCGUAAACCUAACCAGUUGAGCGAGGUAGCUAGCUCUAAUCCUGUCAACAAACCUACCCACGCCGGUCGCCUGCAGGACUGUGGCUAGCCCUCUCAUGAAGCUACUACAUUGUGGAUGGUUAACUAGCUAGUAGGGGGGGAAAUGUACUUUUAACGAAUGACUGCGUUUUCUAGUUACUAACACCGGCUAGCUGAUUAAUUGUGUUUUCAUUAUUGUGUGACAAUUGGAGAGCACACACCGCCGGACCAGAUGAAGUGAUUGAUAAUCCCGCCCGUAAACCAUUCCUGUCCUAGUGCCUUGUCUCUUCCGCAUUUAACGUUAGGACCAAAGGCCAGUCUGGACCAAGCUACUAGCUAGUCUCCCUAGCCGUCUACCAAAGAGACAUUUCCUGGACGAUUGAUGAUUUGUGAAGACGAGCACUCAUAAAGCGGCGUUGUGCAAGGUCCAGAUGUUAAAGUUGUUUCUGACUUCGGCAAGGUGCGUGAGGAUCACACGAUUCCAUGGUGUGUGUGGACUUGCCACCUCCACACCUGCCUCCAGCCGCAAGGUGUGCAUAGUGGGAGGCGGCCCAGCUGGCUUCUACACUGCACAACACCUAGUCAAGACUCGGACAGAUGUUCAGGUGGACAUCUACGAGCGGCUACCCGUCCCCUUCGGCCUGGUCAGAUUUGGAGUGGCCCCCGACCAUCCAGAGGUCAAGAACGUCAUCAACACCUUCACCCAGACGGCACAGCAUGCCAGGUGUAGUUUCCACGGCAAUGUUACAGUGGGGAAGGACGUCACUGUGGAGGAGCUUCAGGAAGCCUACCACGCUGUGGUGCUGAGCUAUGGAGCAGAGGGGAACAGGACUAUGGGUGUACCAGGGGAAGACUUGGCUGGGGUGUACUCUGCCAAAGACUUUGUCGGCUGGUACAAUGGGCUGCCUAGAAACAGAGAGCUGAGGCCAGAUCUGAGCUGUGAGACGGCUGUAAUUCUGGGGCAGGGUAACGUGGCACUGGAUGUUGCGAGGAUACUGCUAUCUCCUGUAGAUAUUCUGAAGAAGACUGAUAUCACCCAGCAUGCCCUGGACUCCCUGGCAGAGAGCAGUGUCCGCAGGGUGCUCAUUGUGGGGCGCAGGGGACCCCUACAGGUGGCCUGCACUAUCAAGGAGCUGAGAGAGAUGUUGAACCUGCCUGGCACCAGACCAGAGAUGGAGGCGUCUGAGUUUGAGGGCAUAGCAGAGAGACUGAAAGCGCUGGCCAGGCCAAGGAAGCGUCUGACAGAGCUGCUGCUGAAGGCUGCAGUAGAGACUCCAGGGGAGGAGGAGCUAGAGAGACGUAACAGGGCAGAGCGGGCCUGGGGAUUCCGCUUCCUCCGGAGGCCCCUGGAGGUCCUCCCCUCCACUGACCUCAUCAGGGCCGCAGGGAUACGAUUGGCUGUCAACCGGCUAGAGGGCGACGGUGAGGGUGUGUGGGCAGUGGCCACAGGUGAGGUGGAGGAUGUGGAGUGCGGCCUAGUCAUCAGCAGCAUCGGCUACAAGAGCCUUCCCAUCGACCCCGCCGUCCCCUUCGACGCCCGAAAAGCCAUCAUCCCCAACACCAUGGGCCGCGUGCAGCAGACUGCAGGUUUGUACUGUAGUGGCUGGGUGAAGAGGGGUCCCACAGGGGUGAUAGCCACCACCAUGAACGACAGCUUUGACACAGCCAGGACUCUGCUACAGGACAUGGACAAAGGAACACUGGAUGUCUCCACCAUCAAGCCUGGCUCACAGGGGGUCUCCGUCCUCCUGGAGAAAAGAGGAGUGAAGCCAGUUUCGUUCUCUGACUGGGAGAAGAUCAACAGUGAGGAGACGAGGAGGGGAGAGACCAGGGGAAAGCCCAGGGAAAAGAUGCUGGAUGUGGGAGAGAUGCUGCAGGUGGCCCGGGCAUAGGGACAAGGGACCACACACCUGGUCCCACCUGACACACACACACACACACAGGUCAUAGGGACCAGAGGACUCGACAACCAAGAAGUGAAUAAGAACCAUUGACCACACACACACAACUCUGGUCCAACCCCACUUUUUAUGUCAGCUACAGGCCACCAACUCGUCCGUCUAUGGUACACGCACAUGAUCAAUUUAAUCCCUGACCAUCAUGGAAUGCCAGUCAUACAAUACCCAAGUUCCAAGUUGACUUGCCAUAUGUAAUAAAUACACUGAACAUCUUACUCACCAGAGCUCUCAUUGAAACAAUGAUGGUGUUUCACUGCAGGACUAGUGAUUUAAUGGUUGUGGCUUGGCGCCAAUAAAAACAGUCAGGGCCUGGUUUCCUGAUAGCGAUGGAAUUUAGGCUUACAAGUGUUUUAACAAUGUAUCUAACUUUCCUUCAAUGGCCGAAGAUGUAAUAUGUGUUUCCCAAUACACCACAGAGAGAGAACAUUCACUAAGUGCGUUGUUGAGGCAUGUGUGGAUACUGAUAGGAUCAAGAGAAAAAAGGAAGUGCUGCUCUUGGAUCAGCUGCUAGAGAGAUUAUCACCUAUGGCUGGCUGCAAAUCUUGAGAUGGCUUAUUCUAAUGCUUCCCCUUUAAUAAUGCUCUAAAUCAAGAUUAAUGUAUCCUCGUUAUGUUACGCCAACGCAUUCAUUCACCACUUUGUCCAACGGGAAACUCCACCCACGACUUAGGUCGAGAGUUGACACGAUCUAUCUCAGCCCAGACAUACAGUGCCAAGUGACAGAGAGAUACCGUCGACAGUGGGAAUUAUUUUAACAUCCCUCAACUCCUGCCGUGUCAAGGGACAUCCUCCAAACAAAAACCCCCUGACUCUCGAAUGAGUGUACAACUGGUAAAUAGUCGCUGAUAUUUCUGUUGGAUGUCUAGCUAGGUAGCUCAAGGGCUCUGGCUAUUAGCCAGGUAGCUAGCUAUAACUAGCUGGCUAGAAAGAUGAAGUUAGAAGCUAACGUUGAACAGAGCCUGACCUCCGCAGGAGCAGUUGACUGAUAUUAAGCUAUAAUCAAAAUAUGCACUACUAGAAGUUCUCAUAAUAGAAUACAUUUUCUUUACAGAGAGUAGUGAGACAGACAGUGGUAAGUCAGGCUGCAAUGAAAGAGGCAAAGGAGCUACACAGAGAGAGAAGGCAUUGAACCAAGCAGGGAGAGAGGUUCGUAGUACGGUGGUUCCCAACCUUAGAUUUCAGGACCCAUGUGGGCCUCUCUAAAAUUGAAAUAGGGUCCCCAGAGAGAAUCUUUAAUCUUAUCGAAACUAAGAGCCUUUUACACUGUCAGAAUUAACUUUAAUGUCAUUGUGUGGGGUCAGCCUGUGGGACCAAACAUUUUGUGAAAUAUAAAGACAAUUUAAAUAUAAAGACAAUUUUAUAUUAUAUACACUGAACAAAAA